GAAAACAAAAAACCAAAAACAGAUAAUUGGACCAAGAACACAAGAAAUAUUCUAUCAAAAUCUGAGAAUACCCAGAAGCAGAAAAUGGAACAAACUGUUGGAGCAAAACCCACAGUAAAAGCUGUGGCUCUCAUCUCAGGAGAUACCAAUGUUAGAGGCUCACUUCACUUUGUUCAAGGCCCCAAUGGAGUUACUCAUGUUAAAGGGAAAAUUACGGGUUUGAAACCAGGCCUUCAUGGCUUCCAUAUUCACGCUCUUGGUGACACCACCAAUGGCUGCAAUUCUACUGGACCCCAUUUUAAUCCACUAAAGAAGAAUCAUGGAGCUCCGAGUCAUAACGAGCGGCAUGCUGGUGAUUUGGGAAACAUUAUUGCAGGCGCAGAUGGAGUAGCUGAGGUUUCAAUUGCAGACAGGCAGAUUCCUUUGAGUGGACAACACUCCAUACUAGGGAGGGCUGUUGUUGUUCAUGCUGAUCCUGAUGAUCUUGGUCAAGGUGGACAUGAACUUAGCAAGACAACUGGGAAUGCAGGAGCCAGAGUUGGAUGUGGUAUCAUAGGACUUCAGUCCUCUGUUUAGAAUCACUACUUGCAGAUUGUUGUGGUCAAAGUACUUUUAUAUGUGCCAUCCUCAAGUUAAUAGACUUUCAUGAAAUCUCAUGUUAAUCAAAUUCUUGUCAACUUUUUUUUUU